AAAAACUCCGCUGCUUGUGGUCUCUGCUGAAAAUUAUCCUGAAGUACUUGCAGAUCUUUUUCCCUGCUUUGGUAUUUUUUUCCAUCCUGGAUUUCGGAUUUACCUACUUGAGUUGCCCUCUGACAGUAGAACUAGUAUGUCUCUGCUGCAUCGCUUGAUUUGUUACCUGCAGGAUGCCGAGAAAGUUGCCCGUUUCCAAAAACUAUGCGGUGUAGAAGCACUACCGGACUGGAGGUCUGUCUCCUCAACUCAGAUGGUGGACACAGAUCACCCCUUGGCCAACGGGAACUGCACCAUUGCCAAGACCCAGGGUGAAAGUGGCAGACGAUGCGUGUCCCCAGGUUCUUUUAACAUGGAGGCGAAACGUGAGGAGAGCCACUCAAAUGGUAUGAAGAAUGGGAUGGUUUCUGAAGACACCUGUGGAGUGGAAUCGCAGCAAGCAUCUCUAGAAAAGCAGAAGAAGUGGGUCUCAAAAAGCCAUCCUCGCCGCAACUCUCUGACUGGAGAAUCCAUAUCGCAGAAGUUCAGAAUCCAUAAUUUUUUCCUUUAUUACCUCUUCAGCUUUGGCACAGAACUUGGCAAUGAACUUUUCUAUAUCAUGUUUUUCCCCACCUUCUUCUGGAAUGUGGAUGCUUGGCUGGGCAGGAGACUCAUCAUCAUUUGGGUUUGGAUCAUGUAUUUGGGCCAGUGCACCAAGGAUAUUAUCCGCUGGCCAAGGCCUGCUUCUCCCCCAGUAGUGAAGCUGGAGGUUUUCUACAAUUCUGAAUACAGCAUGCCCUCAACUCAUGCGAUGGCAGGCACUGCCAUUCCUGUGUCAUUGUUCCUACUCAGUUAUGGACGGUGGCAGUAUCCUUUCAUGUACGGGCUAAUUCUCACAAUUUGCUGGUCUUCUCUGGUUUGUUUCAGUCGAGUAUAUAUGGGAAUGCAUUCAGUUCUGAGAAAAUUGUAA